GCCCAGGAGUGUCUUGAGGGGUCCCAGAAGAGAGAUGCUCAUAGCUGAUUUUUCUGAGGCAUUAGGGUAGCUUCUGCACCACUUUUUGUGGCUAAUUGCCCCAGUUACCUCUAAGCCUCUGUGGCUAGGAUAUACAGACUGGCCUCCUGCCUUCCACAAGAUUAUGUUUUAGUUUGGGAAAGAAGAUUUAUAAAUAAUGAAUUAGGCAAGACAGUAUAUUAGGUGUGAGAUGACAAUAUAGGACAGUAUAGUUUGUAGCUAUUUUGGUGGUGAUUGGCUGUCAUUGGUGUGAUUCGGGAAGUUACGAAGACAUGGGAUUUUGACUAGCCUCCCAGAAAGACUAAAGGACUGGGAUUGGAGAAGCCUUUCCAGGCAGGGAGAGUUAAAUUAGUCUAAAUAGAAGCUUAGCAGCUGGAGAUUACAGGAUGUGAAAGAUCUUUGGCUGGAUAUGGGGGUUCAGUGGGAGACUUACUAGUUGGAGCCACAGCUUAAGUUAAAUUCCAAUAUGACAGAUUUUAGGAAGAUAUUUUAGGAUUGUGCUAAGAUAUUUUAGUAUUCAUUGUGAUAGCUUUACUGCAAUAGUCUUUGGCCUCUUGGAGUAAAAUAGGGUUUGUUUCCAUUUCACCUAUUUGUACUACCUCUCUUUUUCGACUAAUUUUCCAAUUUCUCUCUGUAUUCUUUUAAUUUCUCUCUGUGUUCUUCUCACUUCUGUCAGGUGCUUUUUCCUUAACUUCUCCCCAUCUAUCAGACACUCAGAGCUACUAUAGAAUUUGGGAGGAGGAUUUGGAACAUAAACUGUGACCUACAAGUGAAUUUCCCCAGGUGGAUGAUAAACUCCACUGCAGGCCACAGAGGGGCCUCCUCAUUCCAGCAAUCUGGCCAGGCUGACAGACUCAUAGCCUAUGGGGGCAGGGGAGGGUGUAGGGGCCAGUAUUUCUCGGGCUAGUGACGAACUGCCUGAUUCUUUGCAGCCUAGACAGAGGAGGCAGGAGCCCCAGGGGCGGGCUAAUCGCCUGGGCUGGGGAUGCCUGGGCAGAUGCAGAGGCAGCUGGAAAGGUGGCAGUGCACCUGGGUCGCUGGAGCUGCUGCCGUUCCUAGGAGACCAAGGAGCAGCAAGCCUGCGGGGGAGGGGGAGCAAGUGGGUUGCUGCUUUUAGCAGCUGAAAGGGCUGCAGGGAGCUCUGGGUAAGACAUUUUCUGCUGCUGCUGCUUUUGCGGUAGAAGCUGCUGCGAGUAAGUCAGAGGAAGGAGGAUUGAGAAGGGAGGAGGCUUCACUUGCAGCCAUGCUGAAUCACUGUUGCUGAUCAGAUCUCCCACUGGUCUGCUGGGAGAAUCAAGAACAGAACUAGAAUCCCCGGGUGCAUGCACACAGUUCAGCAGCUACCACCCUGACUGGGCCUCACACAAUGGAGGGUGAAAGCAUCAAGCUGAGCUCCCAGACUCUGAUACAGGCUGGAGAUGAUGAGAAGAACCAGAGGACGAUCACUGUCAACCCUGCCCAUAUGGGGAAAGCAUUCAAGGUUAUGAAUGAACUGCGGAGGUGACAUGUCUGAGAGUAAAGCCAAAAAGAUAGAAAUCAAGGACGUGGAUGGGCAGACACUGAGUAAGCUGAUUGACUACAUCUAUACUGCUGAAAUCGAGGUGACCGAAGAGAAUGUCCAGGUGCUGCUUCCGGCAGCCAGCUUGCUGCAGCUAAUGGAUGUUCGGCAGAACUGCUGUGACUUCCUGCAGUCUCAGUUGCAUCCCACCAAUUGCCUGGGCAUCCGUGCGUUUGCAGAUGUGCACACCUGCACUGACCUUCUGCAGCAGGCCAAUGCCUACGCAGAGCAGCACUUUCCAGAGGUGAUGCUAGGAGAAGAAUUUCUUAGCCUGAGUCUGGACCAGGUGUGCAGCUUGAUAUCCAGCGACAAGCUGACCGUUUCUUCAGAAGAGAAGGUGUUUGAAGCUGUGAUUUCAUGGAUCAAUUACGAGAAAGAAACCCGUUUGGAGCACAUGGCAAAGCUGAUGGAACAUGUCCGGCUUCCUCUCUUACCUAGGGACUACCUAGUCCAAACGGUUGAAGAAGAAACUUUGAUAAAGAAUAACAACACCUGUAAAGACUUCCUCAUUGAGGCCAUGAAAUACCAUCUGCUCCCUCUGGAUCAGAGGCUAUUGAUUAAGAACCCAAGGACCAAGCCCAGGACUCCAGUCAGCCUUCCCAAGGUCAUGAUUGUGGUUGGCGGCCAGGCACCCAAGGCAAUCCGCAGUGUGGAGUGCUAUGAUUUCGAGGAGGACCGGUGGGAUCAGAUUGCUGAGCUUCCCUCCAGAAGAUGCAGAGCAGGUGUGGUGUUCAUGGCUGGCCACGUGUAUGCCGUGGGAGGGUUUAAUGGCUCACUGCGGGUGCGGACAGUGGAUGUAUAUGACGGCGUGAAGGACCAGUGGACAUCCAUUGCCAGCAUGCAGGAGCGCCGGAGCACGCUGGGCGCAGCGGUGCUCAAUGACUUGCUCUACGCGGUGGGAGGCUUUGAUGGCAGUACUGGCCUAGCAUCGGUGGAAGCCUACAGCUACAAGACCAACGAGUGGUUCUUUGUGGCCCCGAUGAACACGCGGCGGAGCAGUGUGGGUGUGGGCGUUGUGGAGGGGAAGCUAUAUGCUGUUGGGGGUUAUGAUGGAGCUUCCCGCCAGUGUCUGAGCACUGUGGAGCAGUACAACCCAGCGACCAAUGAGUGGACAUACGUGGCGGACAUGAGCACCCGUCGCAGUGGCGCAGGGGUUGGAGUGCUUAGCGGACAGCUGUACGCCACAGGUGGGCAUGAUGGGCCUUUGGUGAGGAAGAGCGUUGAGGUUUACGAUCCUGGAACAAAUACCUGGAAGCAAGUGGCAGACAUGAACAUGUGCCGGCGCAAUGCAGGGGUCUGUGCAGUGAAUGGGCUCCUGUAUGUGGUUGGAGGGGAUGAUGGGUCCUGCAACUUGGCUUCGGUGGAGUACUACAAUCCUGUCACUGACAAAUGGACACUGCUUCCAACCAACAUGAGCACGGGGCGGAGCUAUGCAGGUCAGUGUGUGCCAUCUCCAUGCCCAUCCCAGAGGCCUCCAACACACUGGGGGAAUGAGGAGUGGGUGGGCCGGUGGGAUGAGGGGAUGUGAGCUUGCUUAACUUGGGCCUGAGUGCCUCCUCCAGGGAUGACAGGUAAUUGUUACAUGGCCACCACUCUUUCAUUCUGAGCUCAUGACAGAUACUGAUAAUUAGCACUUAUUACCCCCUGCCCCUGCCCUGACCCUGUGAACCUGAAGGUAGCCUCAGAAUUUAUAACGUUUGUUCCAUCGAGCCACUCCAACUGAACUGAGUUGUCACAAGAGAUUUUAGAAUUUCAUUGCCAUUCCUGGUUUACUUUGUGCCAGGCUCCUAGAUGGCAUAAGAUGCAAUUCUUGCUGUCCAGAGUUGAAUUGGACAACUGGGAAGACAAGAUGAUGAAUAUACAAGUUCUAAAUGACAUACACUAGACAGGCUUUAGCACAUGAGAGACUGGUGAGAACUGGCAAAGCCAGGGAACCCUUCCUGGAGGAGACAGGCUCAAUUACACUUUGAGGCUGGAUCACAAUCACACAAAUGGCUGUCCUUUACUGGGUGGCUGGCCCCGUGCCAUGGGGCAGUGUGUUAGGAACAGAGUGUGCAUUUGUUUUCAUCUUUUCAGCAACUCUUGGGCUGAAUGGGACUGUAUCCAUUUAUUUUAUGGAUGAUGAAACUGAGGUUUGGAGAGUUUAAGUAACUUGCUGAAGGCCACACAGCUAAUAAAUGGCAAAGUCAGUUCAAACCCAGAGUUCUAAGUCCAUGCCCUUUGUGCUACCCCAGCUCAGGGUAAGCCUUAGAGUAAGGCACCAGGCGGGUGUGGAAGCUUCUUCUUGGGGAGUGUGUGUGAGGGGUUUGGUGAGUGGCAGGGGCAGGGGUGGCGUCAGAGUUGGUGUUUCUCUCUAUGGGGAGAUGAGCAAAUAUAUAUCCAUAGUGUAGUUCAGUUCCUUGUAUCUGGUUUUCCAGAAUCUGGAAUAGAGAUAACAUUAUUUAUCCAGCACACACAGAACAUACCAGGCAUUAUCCAAAGUAUUUGAUAGUCAUUAUCUCUUUUAAUCCAUACCACAACUCCAGGGAUAUUCUUCCAAUUCCCAUUUUGCGUUAUAAAGGUCAGUCAUUCCAUCUAGUUUGACUGCAGAGGAAGAUUGUGCUGUGCAGAUUUGAAGGAGUUUGCAGCACAGUCUUUCAACGUAAGACUUCUGUUGCAAUGGACUUUAACUUUUUUCUUCCUUUAGAGUUUUUUUCACCUUGUAAUGCUUUUCUUGGCUAAGUAUAAAACAUUUUAGAAGAAGUUUGGUCCUGGAGUAAUUCUGUUCUGGGAUGAGUGAGACAAGUGAGGAUCUUCCCUUGACUCUGUGCGUGCCUUAAUGAGAGGGGAAGAGUUAAGUGUGGGUGGUUAGAAUUUCAUAUAUAUGCUGAAUAUUUCAUGUACCUUUCUUCAUUGUCUGCCCUCUCCAGAAGUAGGUAGGAAGCAGACAAGCAAACCUGCAAUUUUAUGUUCAAACCCACUUACUGAGUCUAUUAUCUUAAAGUCUAAGGAAAUGUUCCAAAAUGCAAAGAUUUGUGGACAGUUAUUUAUUGGGGCCUUAUUCAUGAUAGGAAAAAACUGAGAAUAACUUAAUGUCUGACAUGAGGGAAAUAGUUAAUAAUCUAUGGGAUAUUUAUAUAGUGUAUGAUUUUUAAUGUUAUGAGAAAACAUUUGUAAUAGCCUGUUAGGUUAAAAAAGGAUGCAAAGUUGUAUGAACCUUGUGAACUCACACAUGUAGUCCUGUAUUGCUGGUAGCGGGAGUGGGGGUUGAAUAGCUGCUGCUUCUUCUGCAGAUGGAUAUUGGAGUCAGAUGUGAAUUUGAAUCCCAGCUCUGCCACUAGCCCUGAGUCUCUGGGCCAGAUAUCCUAUCAUGCUGAACCCCUGUUGUCUUAUUUGUAAAAUGGGAAUAAAAUUAGACUAAGCCUUUUAGGGUGUUGUGAGAAUGAAAUGCAGUAAUACUUGUGAAGAGCUAAGCACAAUGCCUGCCUGGCAGUAGACACCGUGCAGUAAAUGAUUGUAAUUAUUAGUAGAUGCUAGAAAGUAUUCCAAAAAGACAGUGGUGGUUUUCUUUGUGUGAAGGGAUUAAAGCUUUUUUCUUUGUGUUCUGCAUUUUCCAGAUUUCCCAUAAUGAGAAUAUAUUACUUUUAUAAUCAAGAUAAAGGUUAUAUGAAAAAGCAACACAGGAGCCUGCUUUCAAAAACAAAAAGCUACCUUCUGAAAGAGAUGUCUGAGAUUCAAGUAAGAUGCUGUCAAGACCAGGCACCUGGACUCAGGUUCUGCCUGCCUCGAAGCUUCAAUGUCUGCACCUUUAGCCAGGAAUAAACAGGAAAUAGAUGUCUUAGCAGAAUAUCUCCAGUGGGGUAUCCUGGCUUGCUUUUAGCCAUGUUCUGUCAAUCUCAUCUUCAACCAGAACAUUUUAUAGUUGUGGGACUAUGUUAAAAUAAGGCUCCAGUAACCAUCCUGCCUGGAGACACCUAUAAGUUAGGAUUUCGUUUAGCAGCAGGCACCAGAAACCCUGACAGAUACUUUCCUAAAUAAGGAAGUGAGUGUAUUUGUCUCAAGUAGAAAGAAAUCCAAGGUUGGCCUGGGGGCUCAGACUGACAUUGAAGAACCAGGUUUCUCUUCUCUUUUCUGUUCUGCCAGCUUUAUCAAGGGCUGCUGCCUCCCCUUGGCCUUGCGUGAGCAUUCCAGUCACAACAAGAACAAAGCCAGCGUUGCAACACUGGCACACUUGCCUUUAUAGUCUUAUUGGCCAGCACUGGGUCACAUGGCACAUCUAACUGCCAGGCAGUCUGGGAACCCGAGCUUUCAACUUGCUGGUGGCUGUAGUCAAGGACAGCAAGUUGGAAGGAUGUUGACGGAAUCAACCUGUACUAUCUGAUAUGUAGCCUCAGUCCCUUACAGUGAGGUUCUGGGUCAUGCGUGGAUUUAUAGUUAGGUGUUGAGCGUGGUUCACCCGGACUAAAACAGUAACACAGCGUACAUGUCUAGAGCAUUUAUCAAAGUCGAGAUUGUCACAUUGGCAGGGUCUGUUAGAUGACAUUCAUGUAGGAACUGAGCAUAAAGAGGUCAAAGAACUUGCCAAAGGCCAUAGUGCAGGUUGACUGGUGGCAGAGUUAGGAUUGGAAUUCAGUCUUUCUUGCUCCCAUGAAGGCAGCCUACUAUACUUUCCACUUCAUUCCAGUGUCUUCUAAAAGUAGAGAUGAAUCACCCAUCGCUUCUCUUACAAUGAUUCAAAUUUAGAGCUGCAUAGCUGCCCCUGGGCACUGAGCAUUGUUGGGCUGGGUGCUAGGGCUGGGGACGGGAGUCACCACAGUGAGUCCAUGUGAUGACACCCGGUGAGGCCACUAGCCAGCGGUGUUUGAGGGACUGUGCUCGUAGGUUCAAGUGUCUUGCCAGGACUUGGCUCUUGGAGUGGGGAGCGGCCAGCUGCUAGCAGCCUGAGUCUACAGACACUUCGAUAUUAGGAUAAAAAUUGUACACGUUUCUCUUGGCUGUGACUCAGGAUAUCUUGGAUUCAUGAACUCACUGGGACUCUGAGUAAUUUUGGAGAAGCUAAGAUGAUAACUUUCUCCCCCUUUCUUAUUAGGUGUUGCCGUGAUUCACAAGUCCUUGUGACCCAAAAUCCCACUGCCAGGAGGUGGAGGAAGGAGCAGGUGCUGCCUGUGACUCUAAACAGCAGGACCUUGGUGACUGGAUUCAACUCCCUUGGGAGGGUCUGUGCUGCUGUGAGAACUGCUGUCCUCUGACUUGGCAGACUGGUGUUGUUCAUCGCAGUGUGGACACCAUUACCCACCCCCGCUCCCCUGAGGUGCUCUGGCCUAUGCCCUGAGCAAUGGGAUCCUGACAGCCCCAGGCAGCACCUUUGGGCUUUGUUUUGGUGUUUCUACAGGGACCAUACAGACCCUGAAAUGUGUGUGUGUGUGUAGAACAUGGUGUUUCUCUAAGUUGGGGGGUGAGCGUGUGUGACAGUCUACUGGAUUUCUUUACUACUGAUCCUUUCGCUGUGUUAAAAAUCAAAUCACAGAGACCUCUCUUCUGGAUUUGUCCCAUGGGGACCCUGAGACUACUAAAGCUGCUUUCUUCCGAAGGUCCAGUUGGACAGUCUGGGAAUGUCCAGAAAUAACCAGUGAGGGGGCAGUUCCCUGGCCACACCCACUUAUGUACUUUAACUACUGUGAUUUUGUCUGCAGAAGAGCUAGAGAAUUUUCAAAGCUGCACCGUGUCCUCUGUGUGCUAGAAUAAGGGACAAAUGGGUUCCCUGCGCUUCUCAGCCCACUGUUUUUCCUUGAGUUCUCCUACAGGAAGCAGAUGAGAACUGCUCAGUCUUCAGGUUUAGGCCAUUGGUCUUUGAUGUCAUAGAUUCCAGGCCUGGGAGAUAUUAUGUCUCUUCAGCUGGGAAAACUAGCUCUUCAGAGAAGCCUCGGGUAACACUGAAAAAAAAAAACAAAAACAAAAACCAGGAAAAAAACAAAAAACCAAAAACCAAAGUGGUAAGGAUUCAGUUCCUGCCUGUAAUGGUCUCAGAGAGGGUCCUACUUUUAGGUUCUCCCAGGAUGGGACAGUCCCCAUUUAUACUUAAUAUCCGGGUUUAAUUAUUCACAGCACCCCGUUUUACUCUCUUAAGUGUUCUGGUUUGGAGGAUAAAUAAGAGGCCACCCUCCUCCAAAUGCAAAUAUAGAUUUGUGCCUGUGUUGGAUGGAGUCGUGUGUGAUUCAGAUGGACGUUGGAUGGCUUCAAAGGAAUAUACCACUAGAGCUGGCCCUUGGUGCUUUGUGACAGUGGUCAAGUCUGUCUAAUGUCCUUGUCUUCUUUUUCUUGUGCUUUUCCCCAUUCCAGGGUGUGCACCCUCUCCCCAAGCCCCAAGAACCUCACUACUGCUUUCCCUGUGAGGUAGGAGGUGUCAGUGGGCCCUGGGUUUGAGGCCUCCUGAGGUGUGCUUGCGUUUUAAAAAGGGAGCUUGGGAAGAGCUUUGCUAAUUCACAGGUAAAAAUGAUUAAUGAUAGAGCUUCAAGCAUCUUGAGGAGUGGGCAUUUGAGGGUGCAUGGAGUAAUUUGUCUUUAAAAAACUUUAAAGUUGUGCUGUUCGUAAACUAGCAAAUUGCUCAUGCUGGAAUUUCUGGCAUAAGCAGGGGAAGUCUUGUGUCUGGAGAAGAGUCUCAUACCUUGCAGUCUGGGACACUCCCUACUUUGAGAAUCCACCUACAGGAAGCCAAGGAACUUUAUAAAUCCUGAUGUUGGACUUCUGAUACGACUGGGCUACUUCCAAGCAGGUGCUGCAGGAGAUUGGCAUCCCCCAACCCCUGCAGUCAGAAACCCCGAAGUCUUCCCCACCAGUGGGCCGCUUUGUGUAUUUACUGUAUAUUUAUUGUGCCCUAAAUGUGCAACUCUCCUAAAGACAAAACUUCUCUUUCUGAUGUUAAGCACAUGUUUCUUCAACAAGACGCUUGGAGAACAACAAAGUACCCAGAAGUUGUAGAAGCCUUCAGAAGAGGCUAAAAUAUCCAGCUUUGGGGGACCUGGAAGAAAUGUCUCCAAAGGAAGCAAGGCAUGUUUUAGUUGAGUACUGUGGUCUCACUAUGAAGUGGGGAUGACGGUGGCUUCAGAACUCUACCUGGCUGUGGGUUGGAAGCUGAUGGAAUGAGAAAUGUCCUUUCUCCUUCUCUGAGGAAAUUUUGAGUCUUGUUUUGGUGUGUCUGUGUAAUGGGGAUGGGGUUGGGGUUGGGAUCUGAUGUAUGCCGUCCACAGAAGCUCUCAAUUUCAGAUGACAGGUGAAUUCCGCGUCCCUCUCCCACCAUUGAGAAGCUAGACUUUCGUGCUGGAGAGGCUAUUUUUUAUGUGUCAUCUUCCAGGGAAGGGUCCCUCCACUGAAAGCUAGUCAGUCAUGUUUUCUGUUUUUGGAUUUUUGCAAUUGGUUUCGCCUCAUGUCUCCCUCCCUACAAAGCACUGCCUCUGCUGGGCGUGCUGGCGAGGCUGUGUCUAUUUCACCCUCGUGUGUCCUUUCUCACGGGGACCAGAACACUGGUAUGUCAUCACCAAAGCCAAUCUGCUCCAGCUGCCCACAGAUGCCACCAAAACCUGCUAUCUCUUCAUUACCAGGUAGGAUUCUCUUUCCCCAAUGGACACAGCAGGCUAUUUUCGAGUUUGUGCUGGUCACAUGGUAGAUGAAGCCUCUUACUGCCCCACUUAGGGUGGCCACGGCUGCUUGUGAAUGCAGCUUUGCCAGUGGCGUAUCUGUCAUCUGACUGAGGUGGUGAAAUGGAAUUGAGGCCCAAGGUUAGAAGCAGCCGAGACGCCACUUGGAUACUGAUUUGAACAAUGUAGAAGUCAGAUUCUGAAUUCCAAAGUUAUUUCUCAUAAGUACCCAAUGGCAUCUCUCCAUCUACAAAGUUGCAGUAUUAUGCAAAUGAAAGUGACCUCAUUUUCUGCUAUGCAAUAAGAGUACUUAAUUCUAUUUCCUGACAAGCCAGUUGCAAUAUCCCCUAAGAUGCUUUUUGAGCUGUCUUACUUUGAUAUCUGUUGUGUAAUGUUUGUAUAUUUCUGAGCCAGAUCCUUUCAAAGAUUGCCUUUUUAUAAAAUUGAAGCUGUAGCUUUUAGGCUAAAAUUUUAAUGUAGAUAUUUUUAUAAGAUAUUUUUUUCAAGAUGUUUGAAUCGCUUUUUAUUGUCCAUGAUAAUAUGUUAUGUUCUUUGCAUCAUUCACUCUCAAACAUAGUUCAUGCCUGUAGCUCUCUUCCUUUUGUUUCUCACCCUCCAGAAGCAUCUUUUUCAGUAGCGCCAGGUAGAUGAGCCUUUUUUUUUUUUUUUUAAAUACCAUAUUCAAGGGAGUCUGCUGCAUUUUAAAACAUAGUCACUGGUGUUUCUUGAAUUGCUAGGGACUGAUGUUGUGUUCGACUCAGCUCUUGCCCAUCUGUAUUGAUUGUGUGUGUGUUUUUUUUUGGAGUCUGCUUUCUGUAGGGGUGAGGCUGGGCUGUCUCAUGGUGGCUCCCACUGACGGGCACUGAGGCUGGCACCCUGUGGCAUGGAGAAGCCUCAGGGAAAGGCCUGCCCCCCAGCACACACUCCCAUAGUUUCCUAGGUCCAGCCAACCAUUCUUUAUUCUCUUCUAUCUCCUUGUUCAUCUGAAGCUUCCAUUAGCUUGAAGCCUUUGCUGCUGGAUGAUGCCCUUUUUGGGAGCAUCUUGUCUCUGACCUUUGGAAGAGGGGUCAGUCCUCAUGAUCCCCAUGUGUUAAGCAUGUGCUUUGCAGGUGCUCACACGACACUUACAACUUACUUCCUGAGCUGUGUCUGUACUCCAGGCUCUGGUUUGUGUAUUUAUCUGCCAUUAGCAUCAUGAUUUUUAAAAUUUAUUAUUAUUAUUAUUGUUGGGACAGGUGCCAUUUACAUUGCCUCCAUGCUCCCCAUUUGCACCUAGCUGGAUCAGGUUGGGAGGCUGAGCAAACUCGUAUUCCAGUUAGUUGGAGUUUUUAAAGGCUCUGCUUGCCUGGAGAAGCAAGGAGGUUAGAAUGUAUUUUUUUUUUUUAAGCAUUUGCACUAUUUAGAGUCCUAAGCCCCUCAUGUUCAGCUGUGCUGUGUUUCUACUGACCAAACAGGAGAGCCAGCAGCACUUCCAGCAUUUGGGAAUGGAAGAGAUUACUUCUGUAGUGGAUAAUUGCAGCCUCAUAGCCCCUGUGCAGCGUUCGUCAUGGGACUCAGUGACUCAUGAAUAUAGCAUCAGCCAUGGCAGGAAUGCACAGGACUGUGGCAUUUGCAGCAUCAAAUUGCCCUAGUGCCAUGUUUGGUUAUGAGAUUGUAAAUUAUUCGCUCCCCCGUCCUCCCCUCCCCUCGUUUUCAGUGGCAAUAGAGGACCCUUGUGCUUUUUGUUUAAUUUGCAUAUUAUGUGUAAAAUACUUUCUUUGAAAGAAAAGUGAAGACGCUGAAUGUGUAUGUCUGUGUGGGUGCUCUGUCCCUGUGGUUGUCAUAGCCAGUCAGACUUGAUCACUGACACCCCGUACAACAUGUUGCGUAGGUAAGAUCCUCGAUCUGGUGUUCUCUGCAUGGCUGUUAGGGACUGUAUAUCUUGUAAAAGAACACUUGUCACAUGCUUGAUCAGUUACAGCGAUAGCUGAAGAAACAUUUCCUCAAAUGUAUUAUUUUAACAGGAAUCAUGUUCUAAUUUCCCAUCCUUUAAUUUUAAUAAAAGUUGAACUGUGCAAACUUUUCUCAGUAUUUCAUUUGUGUAGUCCACUCUCUCUGCUAUGUCUCAAACAUGAAAAGGACGGAUUUAUUCCUGUAUGUCUUUGGAUUAAAAAAAUUUUAAGAU